UGAUAUUACACGUGAUCCGCUGGGCGUCAACACAAGGAAAGGCUCUGGCUUCCUCCCCCCCCACCCCUAGGGCCUGCGGGUCUGCGCCCAAGCUCGAGCCUAGCCUCCUGGGGCAGUGGCCUCCGCUCGCCAUGGCGUUGCUGGGCAACUUCCUCUGCUGCCUACUGGUUGCCUGGCUCUGCGGCCCGGGGCUCGGGGUGCCCCUGGCGCCCGCGGAUCGCGCCCCAUCUGUGGGGCAGUUUUGGCACGUGACUGACUUACAUCUAGACCCUACUUACCACAUUACAGAUGACCGUACCAAGGUGUGUGCUUCAUCUAAAGGUGCAAAUGCCUCCAAUCCUGGUCCUUUCGGAGAUGUCCUCUGUGACUCUCCGUAUCAACUUAUUUUGUCAGCCUUUGAUUUUAUUAAGAAUUCAGGACAGGAAGCAUCUUUCAUGAUAUGGACAGGGGAUAGCCCACCUCAUGUUCCAGUACCUGAACUCUCCACAGCCACUGUGAUAAAGGUGAUCACUAACAUGACAAUGACUGUCCAGAACCUGUUUCCAAACCUCCAGGUUUUCCCUGCACUGGGCAAUCAUGACUACUGGCCACAGGACCAGCUACCAAUAGUCACCAGUAAGGUCUACAGUGCUGUGGCUGACCUCUGGAAACCCUGGCUGGAUGAAGAAGCUCUUAGCACUUUAAAGAAAGGUGGUUUUUACUCACAGAAAGUUGCAAGUAAUCCAGACUUGAGGAUCAUUAGCCUAAACACAAACUUGUACUAUGGCCCAAAUAUCAUGACCCUGAACAAGACAGACCCAGCAAAUCAGUUUGAAUGGCUGGAAAAUACACUCAACAGCUCUCUAUGGAAUAAGGAGAAGGUAUACAUCAUAGCACAUGUUCCAGUGGGCUAUCUCCCUUAUGCAACUGACACCCCAGCGAUAAGGCAGUACUAUAAUGAGAAACUGCUUGAUAUUUUCAGAAGAUACAGCUCCGUCAUCGUGGGACAGUUCUAUGGCCACACCCACAGAGACAGCCUUAUGGUCCUUUCAGAUAAAAACGGGAAUCCAAUAAAUUCUGUGUUUGUGGCACCUGCUGUUACACCAGUGAAGGGAGUUUUACAAAAGGAGACCAACAAUCCUGGUGUCCGCCUGUUUCAAUACAAGCCUGGUGAUUACACAUUGCUGGACAUGCUGCAGUAUUACUUGAACUUGACAGAAGCCAAUCUAAAAGGAGAAUCCAACUGGACAUUGGAGUACGUCUUGACUCAGGCCUACGGUGUUGCAGAUCUGCAGCCAAAGAGUUUACAUGGAUUAGUUCAGCAAUUUGCCAUCAUAGACAGCAAGCAGUUCCUGAAAUACUACCAUUAUUAUUUUGUGAGUUAUGACAGCAGUGCAACUUGUGACCAGCAAUGUAAGACCUUACAGAUCUGUGCAAUUAUGAAUCUUGAUAGUAUUUCCUAUGAUGAAUGCCUUAAACAGCAUUUAUAAAGCACAGUCACUAGUAUUCCAGUUGUGUUUGUAGAAAAAAAAAAUCACAUCAUGGUGCUCCUGUGAUCAGCUUGUAACGUUCUGAGAGCAUAGGAAGAUUGACUUCCUGCGUGGCUUUACUUGGGAGGCUCCCAUGCUGAUAUCAGUAACAUUCGAAAUUAACUUUUUACAUUGAAUGCAUUUAAAAGAUCCACUAGCGGAGUGAUAUUUGGACAUAAGUAUCCUGUCUUCCAAUUUUAUGUAAUUAUACCUAACUUAUACCCUUGUAAAACUUGUCAUCUAUGCAAUAAAUCGGUUGAGUUUUCUGUGGA